AUGGAGAGACUGAGAGACAGCAUAGAGGAGUUGCUAAAAUUAAAUCUUGAAUCUCACAUUAACCAAACGCCAGAAUUCAAUCUAGGACUCUCCAAAGACUUCUGCAUUAAUCUCCUCGAAGAAGAUCCAAAUGACAUGUCAUGUCACUCCACACCAACAGAUUCUUUUGUUGGGGUUGCUCAUUAUCCACUGUAUAAACGUUUAGCUUCAGCUUUGUAUCAGUCUGUGAAGUCUGGUGCUUUCUAUAGAAAUUAUGAGAAGAUGGUGUUUAGUGAUGAAGAUAGUAACUUGAAGCAGAAAGAAGAGAAUUGGAAUAAGUUGAUUAAAGAGAAGGGGUUUGAAUUGAUAAAUGUUUUGGAGGGUAUAUUUUGUGAAAUUCAUGUUCAAGAGCCCUAUUUUUCACUAUUGAAAGAUGGCAGGAAAACAAUCGAAGGAAGGUGUGCUACUGGUGAUUACAUAAGAAUUGGGCCAGGAGAUUUGAUUCUUGUAAACAAAAGUGUGGUACUUAAAGUGGAGGACGUUCGCAGAUAUUCAUCAUUUUCGAAGAUGUUACAAGCUGAGAGUCUUGAGCAGGUCCUUCCUGGAGCUAAAACUGUUGAAGAAGGUGUGAAGAUUUAUAGGAAGUUUUAUACAGAAGAAAAGGAAAUGUCUAAUGGUGUCCUCGCAAUCUUUGUUUCAAAACUGGCCGCCCAGCCAUACCUUUCUUUGGCUACCAUACUUUUUGGAUCAAGUUAUGGAGGUGUUCAAAGUCUGCUGGGUCUUGCAGAUACUGGCGGAACGGUUUCUAAUGCCCUACCUCCACCAAGAUCAACACUUCUCUCAUCCUUCAUUUCACUGUAUAAUCCAAAUAUCAAAGGCAGUGCCUUGACUCAUGGAGCAAGGGCCUUGGCGAAGCAUGCUCAAAGGAGCAGCGAUGGAUAUUGGGGUGUUCUUGGUGGGAGUGAUUCUACAAAAAAUAGGCUUGCAAUGGAUGUCAUUGAUCGCUUAAUAGCUUCUUGUUGCUGGUCAAACAUUCAUAUUGUUCCACAACAUGGGGCUGUCUUUGAGAUAAGGGUAGCUGAUGGUUAUGGAGCUCGUUGGUCUAAGGAUGGAACUAAGGAUUUCUUGAACCAUACAUGGAAGAUGGUCACUCAAAGGGAUGGAAGCAUUAGUUUGCGUGAGGGGUCAUUUCUACUGGCAUCCUUGAACCGUAUAGAAGCAGCCUAUAGAGCAUACAAGAUGGAGUGUGAGACAUGUGUAUCAUUACCGGUUGUCUGGCAACUUGAAAUAGUGUUUGAAAAUGUUGAUUGA